AUGUCAUACAUUGAGGUCGAAGACCCACAACAAUGGUCGGGUGAGAUGAGAGGGCAAUGGUCAGGUCAGUCCAUCUAUGCCAAAUCAUUCUAG